UUUAGAUACUGACCAUUGUGUCGUCGAGAUUGUUGAAGAUCGAGAGCAGCUGUGAGAAAAAAAACUGUACAGUACACCCAAGCCACAUGGAAAAAAGUUGCACAUGACGAUCUUCUUGCACAUUGCUUGCCUCGUGACUGCAUUACACAGCAAGCGUCAAGCGCCCGUGGCCCUUACACGAUUCCUUUACUCCGAGUCCAAGUACGGCAACCGCGUACUUUACACCCUUCUAGGUUGCGACUAUAUGGCCUCCGUGACCAUAGACUCGCCCGAAGUCUCUCGGGCCAGUCUACACAAAUCAUUGCCGUGGUACACGUAUCUGUAUACGGUGCCCUUUCUCUGUCUCUACCCUGUCCUAGCGUAUGCCUACUAUGUCAAGUACGAUGAAUGGCUUGUCAGUGAAGAGUGGACUUUUCUCGCAUGCGUUACCCUUGGCUCCGGCCACGCACUCAGCUUCCUCGUUACUCGUUGGAGUACAGCCGCAAAAGCUUGGGUCGAAACAAGCCAGGUUCGUUCUAUCGAACAAGCCGACUCUAUUCGCAUUGUCCCAGAGGUCCAUAGAGGCAAAGGAGAAAUCGUACCGUUAAUCAAGAAAGAUGCCAAAGACGUAUCCUCAUAUACUUUCAACUACCAGAGAGACACAUACAGUGUUGCCAAAUGCUCGUCAGACUCCGUCACGUUCAUAAAGCUUCCGUACCCCUCUUCGGGCAAUCCAUCUCUCAGCUCCUUCCUCAAACCUCAAGGUCCCAAGUUUGGUCUCUCUUCACAAACAGCGGAACAGCUAAAGGAACUCUAUGGUCUCAACGAGUUCAAUAUCCCUAUCCCAUCUUUUACUGAGCUGUUCUCGGAACAUGCAACCGCGCCCUUUUUCGUAUUCCAGAUCUUUUGUGUCGCACUAUGGUGCCUCGACGAGUACUGGUACUACAGCUUGUUCACACUAUUCAUGUUGGUCGUGUUUGAAUGCACCGUCGUUUGGCAGCGCGUUCGGACUCUAACCGAAUUCCGCACCAUGUCUGUCAAACCCUAUCCAAUUUUCACCUACCGCGACGCGAAAUGGCAAGAGAUAUCGAGCGAAGGCCUACUCCCCGGUGACAUCGUCAGCGUCAACCGCCAUCAACCUCUACAUCACAAACCCGUUGACGCUAAAUCCAAAGACAAAGAAACGAAGGAAACCAAAGAGGCACAUUCUCAUGAAGAGACCACUGUACCCGCUGAUAUCCUACUCUUACAUGGUCAAGUAAUCGUAAACGAAGCGAUGUUAUCGGGAGAAAGCACACCACUCGUGAAGGAAGGGGUCGAUCUUCUAGUAGACGAAUUAGACCGCGGAGUCGGUCUCGAUGUCGAUGGAGCUCAUAAGGGUCGUGUAGUGUUCAGCGGAACCAAGAUUCUCCAAGCAAAUGGCUUUUCUGCCGCCGAUGGCGUACCCGAACCUUCCUUGAAAACUCCUGACAACGGCUGCCUAGGUGUCGUUCUGAGAACUGGAUUCGGAACUGCUCAAGGCCAAUUAGUCCGCACCAUGAUCUUCUCCACGGAACGAGUCUCCGCGAACAACAUGGAAUCCUUCCUCUUCAUCGGAUUUUUAUUAAUAUUCGCCAUCGCCGCCAGUGCCUACGUAUGGAUAAAAGGAAUCGAACGAGAUCUCAAAAAGAGCAAACUACUCCUCGACUGUGUCUUGAUCAUCACCAGCGUCGUUCCCCCAGAACUUCCUAUGGAGCUUUCCCUCGCUGUCAACGCAAGUCUAGUAGCUUUAAGCAAAUACGCGAUCUUCUGUACCGAACCCUUCCGUAUCCCCUUCGCCGGACGUGUUGAUGUAUGCUGCUUCGACAAGACGGGAACCAUCACUGCUGAAAACCUGGUCCUGGAAGGAGUAACCGGCGUAAGUGAAAAAGACCCUAUGUCUCUACUGAACGUCCGCGAAGUAUCCCGAGAAACCACUCUCUGUCUCGCAGCCGCACACGCCCUAGUCCGACUCGACGACGGCACCAUCGUCGGAGACCCCAUGGAGAAAACCACACUCGAAAACAUGGAUUGGGGAGUUGGCAAAAACGACUUUGUCUCCUCCCUCCUCCCAAACACCAAACUCUCCCUAAACAUCCGACGCCGCUUCCAAUUCAGCUCUGCCCUCAAACGCAUGUGCACCGUAUCCACCUUCCAAGGACCCUCCGUCAUCGGCGGCACGGGCGGAACCACGAACCGCACCCUCGUCGCCGUCAAAGGUGCGCCCGAAACGAUCAAAGGAAUGCUCGGUGUGGUUCCGCACCAGUACGACGAUAUCUACAAAGGAUAUACCCGACAAGGCAGUCGGGUGUUGGCGCUUGCUGUUAAGGAGAUGGAAUUCAUGAAUGGGGAAAAGAUCAACAAACUCUCCCGAGACACUAUCGAAAGCGAUCUAACAUUCGCAGGUUUCCUGGUUUUUCACUGUCCGUUGAAACCAGACGCUGUCGCUGCACUUAAAAUGCUUGCCGACUCUUCGCAUCGUUGCAUAAUGAUCACCGGGGACAACCCCCUCACCGCCGUCCACGUCGCCAAAACCGUGGAAAUCGUCGAUCGCGAAGCCCUCAUCCUCGAUCUCCGCGAGAAUCCCCGGGACGAACGAGACCUAACCUGGCGCACAAUCGACGAACGCAAAAUCAUCCCCGUCGACCCCUCUGCCCCCCUCGACCUCUCCCUCUUCUCCACGUACGACAUCUGCAUCACCGGUGCCGCCAUGAAACACUACCAAACCCACCCCUCCUGGUCCCUCCUUGUGCAACACACCUUCGUCUACGCCCGAGUCUCGCCUCUCCAAAAAGAGCUCAUCCUCACUUCCCUCAAAAACCUCGGAUACAUCACCCUCAUGGCGGGCGACGGCACCAACGACGUCGGCGCGCUCAAGCAAGCACACAUCGGUGUCGCCUUACUCGACGGGACACCGGAAGACCUCCAAAAGAUCGCUGAACGCCAAAAAAUCGAGAGGGUGAAACAGGUGUAUGAGAGCCAGCUGAAGAUCUCCGCGCGGUUCAACCAGCCACCGCCGCCUGUGCCCGUGGGUAUUGCGCAUUUGUUUCCGGAUGCGGUGGCGGCGCAGCAGAAGGCUGCGGCGUCGCAGAUGGAGGGGAGGAAGCGGAACCCGAUGGAGAAAUUCGACUUGGCUGGUAUAACAGACAAGCUCGCUGAAAUGGAAGGCGAGGACGAAGUCCCGAAAAUCAAACUCGGGGACGCGUCGUGUGCUGCGCCGUUCACGUCGAAGCUGUCGCAUGUUUCUGCGGUGACACAUAUCAUCCGGCAAGGCCGAUGCACGUUGGUUGCGACGAUUCAGAUGUACAAAAUCCUCGCCUUAAAUUGUCUAAUCACGGCAUACAGCCUGAGCGUGCAAUACCUCGACGGGAUUAAAUUCGGGGAUUACCAAGUCACGAUCACUGGAAUGCUAAUGUCUGUGUGUUUCCUCUGUAUCUCCCGUGCCAAGCCCGUGGAACAACUAUCCCGCGAACGCCCCCUCGGAAACAUCUUCAACCUCUACGUCCUCCUCUCCGUGCUCCUCCAAUUCGCUCUCCACAUCUCCACCCUCAUCUACAUCACCUCCCUCGCGCGCGCCUUCUCCCCCUCCGACCCGCUCACCCCAAUCGACCUCGACGCGAAAUUCACCCCCUCCCUCCUCAACACAGCAAUCUACCUCCUCAGCCUCUCACAGCAAGUCUCCACCUUCGCCAUCAACUUCCAAGGCCGCCCCUUCCGCGAAGGCAUCCGUGAGAAUUCUGCUCUCUUCUACGGCCUUCUCGGUGCUUCCGCCGUCGCGUUCUCCGGGUCCACUGAUUUCCUCCCCGAGUUAAACCGGUGGUUGCAGAUCGUGGAAAUGGAGGGGAUGUUCAAGGUGAAGCUGACGUUCAGCAUGAUCUUGGACCUCGGGGGGUGUUGGGUGAUCGAGGCGGUGUGUAAGUAUGUUUUUGCAGAGUUGGAGCCGAAGGAGAUGAUCACGCGUGGGAGGGAAAGAAGGGAGAAAAGACGGGAGGAAGAGAGGAGGAGGGAGGAGGAGAAGAAGAGUGUGUAAUGAUUGAUAGAUAGAUAGAUAGAUUUGUCAACAAUGGCAGUGAUUAUGUAAUACAUAACAUCUUGGAAUAAUACUGUGAAAUCCACUGGAAUGGCGUCGCCUGGACCGACAUGGGAGCAUAUCUCUGGUACGACCCCUCCCCACCUUUCGUUGCAUUCUAAACCCCAGUUCCCACCACAGAACAUGG